CUGUCGCAGAGCGAUGACGUUGCCGCGAGGCAGUUCCGGUUCGGCGGACGCUCGAGCGCGUCCCGGGAGCCGGGCGGUUCCCCGCCGCCGGGAUGCACCGGCGCGGGGUGGGAGCGGGCGCCAUCGCCAAGAGGAAGCUGGCGGAGGCCAAAUACAAGGAGCGAGGGACAGUGCUGGCUGAAGACCAACUGGCACAGAUGUCUAAGCAACUGGACAUGUUUAAGACCAACUUAGAAGAGUUUGCCAGCAAACACAAGCAAGAGAUUCGUAAAAAUCCCCAGUUUCGGGUCCAGUUCCAGGACAUGUGUGCAACCAUCGGAGUGGAUCCAUUGGCAUCUGGUAAAGGAUUCUGGUCAGAAAUGCUGGGAGUUGGCGAUUUCUACUAUGAGCUGGGUGUUCAGAUUGUUGAAGUUUGUCUGGCUCUGAAACACAGAAAUGGAGGUCUCAUAACCCUGGAGGAACUUCAUCAGCAAGUGCUAAAGGGAAGAGGGAAGUUUGCCCAGGAUGUCAGCCAGGACGAUCUCAUCCGAGCUAUCAAGAAGCUGAAAGUUCUGGGCAGUGGCUUUGGGAUUAUUCCUGUUGGAGGGACAUAUCUGAUCCAGUCUGUACCAGCUGAACUGAACAUGGAUCACACAGUGGUUCUGCAGCUGGCUGAGAAAAAGGGGUAUGUAACUGUCAGCGAGAUCAAGUCCAGUUUAAAGUGGGAGAUGGAACGUGCCAAGCACGUGCUGAGAGACACAGUUGGAGAGCGUGUGUGAGAGUGUGUGACGACGACGACACGGGAGUCAAGUCAUUUCAGAACUGGAGUAAACCAUGCUGAAUCAGAAGUAUUACCUGCUCAAAGCCAGGUUCGUUGUGAUAGGGGUUCUCAGUCAUCAGAGACUGUAUGGAGAUGAGGACUGAAGAGAUACUCUGUGCUGGGCUCCAAGCAGGACCAGUCCAAGUGCUGAAACAUCAUAAACACAGGAACCGUAUUUAAACACAAGCCCUAGAAUAGGACUCAGUGACCUCCCCUUUCACCGUUACCAUUCUCAAAGAUCAACAAACCCCAGUUUAGGAAAUCAGAAAAAGCUAAGAGGGGACUACCCAGAAGGGGAAGUGGACAAGAAAAACAGGGAGCCCCCAAUGAUCUGCAGUGUUCAGAAGCUUUUAUGGGUGAAGUUAGUGUUUCUUUUCACCCAGUUGUGAACACUAAUCUGGAUAAGUAAGAUUUUUGUAAAUUUCACUUUACUGCCAGCAUUGAAGUGCCUGGCAGACUGGAAAAGAGUAGCACGCCCGGGGAAAACUGCCCAACAUCAGGGUUAAUAUUGAAAAAUGUUCUGCUUGAAUAAUAAUACCUAGUUCUUAUAUAGCACUUUCCAUCUCAAAGCACUUUACAGCAGAGGUCAGUAUCAUUAUCCUCAUUUUAUAGAUGGGGAAAACUGAGGUGCAGUGACUUGCCCAUGGUUAUCCAGGAGAUCAGUGGCAGAAGCAGGAUUAGAAUUCAGGUCUGAAUCCUAGUCCAGUCGUCUUAUGCAUUAGGCAACACUGCCUCGUUUAGUAGCAAAGAUCUACUGGUCCCUAUGCCACAUGCAGGGGUGCGCACACCUUUAUGCAGAGGGACAUUGCUAGACAAAACAACAACUCUGCAUUGGCCGCCCUUUGCUACAGAUCCUUUCCCCCCCUGGAAUGGCAGCAUUUCAAAAGAGGGAUGCACCUGGCACAUGAGAUGCUUUCUAAACCCUUUCAUUUUACUGCUCCUUUUCCCUCCACCUCCCCCGCGCCUUUCAGUUUGAUGCACAUCCCAAGAGCUUGAGGUGGUCUGCCCAACCAAGUGCCUCCCGUUUCAAACCCCCUCCCUUCACAUCAAUAAACAGUCUUCCUUCCUUAAA